AUUUGGCGUGAGUCGAAGGACGAGAGCUCUUGGCUUGUGGCUCUUAGCCUGGGGGCUCUGCGAGAAGCCAGAAAAACCAGGAACUGGGGGCCCUAAGCUCCUUGUGUCCCAAUAAGAGAGAAAACUCUCUUCAUAGUGAAGUGAAUAAAGGCAACUUUUCAGAGACAGAGGUGGCCCAAGAGAAGGGGAAGGAGAUGGAAUAUAAUGACCCAGAAGGACCUGGAACUGACAAGACAGCAAGCAAAGGCCCCUGAUCCCAUCCCACCUGGAAGUGGUGUUGAAUUCUGGGAAAGGGCUGUGUCAGAGCCCCUGGCUAAGGACACCAUGACCUCAGAAGGAUGUUGCCAACGUUUCUGGCUAUUCCGCUACCAUGAGGUGGGUGGGCCCCGAGAGGUUUGCAGCCAGCUCCAUUUACUUUGCAGCCAGUGGCUGAAACUGGAGAGGCGCACCAAGAAGCAGAUCCUGGACCUGGUGAUCCUGGAGCAGUUCCUGACUCUCCUGCCCCAGGAAAUGCAGGGCUGGGUCAGAGGAUGUGGGCCGGAGACCAGUUCCCAGGCGGUGGCCCUGGCCGAAGGUUUCCUCCUGAGCCAGGCGGAGGAGAAGAGGCAGGCUGGACAGAUGCGGGGACCACCUUUGGAGAUGGAAGCUGCAAUCCCUGAGGCAGAAGGAGCUUCCUUGGAGCAGGGGCAGAGGGUGCAGGCGGUGGAGCGUGCCCAAGAUGCCCUCUCCUGUGGAACAGGCAGUGAAGAGAUGCCAUUGAGCCAUUGUCUUUUCAGAGGGGUGGAAAAGGCUGCUGCACCUCCAAUCCAGGGUCCCUUUUCCUUUGAGGAGGUGUCGGUCUCUUUCACGGAGGCAGAGUGGGCCCUGCUGGAUCCGGGACAAAGAGCUCUGUACAGGGAAGUCAUGCUGGAGAACUAUGAGAACGUGGCCUCUCUGGUAGAGGAUGAUCUGAGGAAUGAGGGUGGGGAGAAACUUCAUCAGCAAAUGCCAGAUAGAGUAAAAAAUGAAGACUUGAAUGAAAAUGUAAAGAAUGGAGACAGACCUAAAAGAAAGAAAGGUGGUGGUAUGGCUGAGAAGCGUGAUGGAAGAAAGCAGAAUGUACAUUUUCCAAAGCACAGGAUAAAGAAGGCAAGCAAAUCAAUUCAGUGUGGAAAGAAUUUCAGAAAUACAUCACAGCUCCUUGUCAACCAAAGAAUAUACAGAGAGGAGACACCUUUUGAAUAUUCAGAGAUGAGAAAUGAAUUCAGUCAGAGUAGCUUUCUUCAGCUCCACCAAAAACCCCACACAGGAGAGAAACCCUUUAACUGCCCAGAGUGUGGAAAGAGAUUCAGAACAAGUAGCAGUUUUCAACAUCAUCAGAGAACCCACACAGGGGAGAAACCCUUUGAAUGCUCAGAGUGUGGAAAGAGAUUCUGUACAAAUUGUAAACUUCAACGUCAUCAGAGAACCCACACAGGGGAGAAGCCUUUUGAAUGCUCAAAGUGUAGGAAGAGAUUCAGUACAAGUGGCAAUCUUAAGCAACACCAAAGAAUUCACACAGGGGAGAAGCCUUUUGAAUGCUCGCAGUGUGGAAAGAGAUUCAGUAAAAGUGUUAAUCUUCAGCAGCACCGAAGAACCCACACAGGGGAGAAACCUUUUGAAUGCUUGGAGUGUGGAAAGAGAUUCAGUCAGCAUAGCAGUCUUCAAUAUCAUCAGAGAACCCACACAGGGGAGAAGCCUUUUGAAUGCUCUGAGUGUGGAAAGAGAUUCAGUCGGAGUGGCCAUCUUCAAUAUCAUCAGAGAACCCACACAGGGGAGAAACCUUUUGAAUGCUCAGAGUGUGGAAAGAGAUUCAGUCAGCAUGGCGGUCUCCAAAAUCAUCAGAGAACCCACACAGGGGAGAAACCUUUUGAAUGCUCAGAGUGUGGAAAGAGAUUCAGUAUGAGUGGCACUCUUCACCGUCAUCAGAGAACCCACACAGGGGAUAAAGCUUUUGAAUGCUCAGAGUGUGGGAAAAGAUUGAGUACUAGAGGCCAUCUUCAAUAUCAUCAAAGGACUCACACAGGGGAGAAACCUUUUGAAUGCUCAGAGUGUGGAAAGAGAUUCAAUAUAAGUUGUCAUCUUCAAUAUCAUCAAAGAACCCACACAGGGGAGAAACCUUUUGAAUGCUCAGAGUGUGGAAAGAGAUUCAGUAUGAGUGGCACUCUUCAACGUCAUCAGAGAACCCACACAGGGGAGAAACCUUUUGAAUGCUCAGAGUGUGGGAAAAGAUUGAAUACGAGAGACCAUCUUCAAUAUCAUCAGAGAACCCACACAGGGGAGAAGCAGCACCAAAGAACCCACACAGGGGUGAAACCUUUUGAAUGCUCAGAGUGUGGGAAAAGAUUCAGUCAGAGUGGCCAUCUUCAAAAGCAUCAGAGAAUCCACACAGGGAAGAAGCCUUUUGAGUGCUUAGUGUGCGUGAAGGGAUUCAUUUGCAGUGGUCAUCUUCAAUAUCAUCAGAGAGCCCACACAGGGGGGAAACCUUUUGAGUGCUCAGAGUGUGGGAAGAGAUUCAGUAUGAGUGGUAAUCUUCAACAGCAUCAGAAAACCCACACAGGGGAGAAACCUUUUGAAUGCUCAAAGUGUGGAAAGAGAUUUAGUCGGAGUGACCAUUUUCAACAUCAUCAGAGAACCCACACAGGGGAGAGACCUUUUGAAUGCUCAGAGUGUGGAAAGACAUUCAGUCGGAGUGACCAUCUUCAACAUCAUCAGAGAACCCACACAGGGGAGAGACCUUUUGAAUGCUCAGAAUGUGAAAAGACAUUCAGUCGGAAUGGCCAUCUUCAACGUCAUCAGAGAACCCACACAGGAGAGAAAACUUUUGUGUGCUCAGAGUGUGGAAAGAGAUUCAGUACAAGUGGCAGCCUUCAAAAGCAUCACAGAACCCACAUGGGAGAAAUAAUUUGA